CGACGUCCCCGAGGGUUCUGUCGGAAAAGCCGUCCGCCGAUAGCUAUUCAGCAUGACAGAUACGGAGACGGAGAGGAGAUGAUGUGUCGGAUAGGGACCAGAGCUAGCGGGCGUGUGCAACCGGGCCAGAGAGUAAGUGGAUCUGCUGCUGGCGCCCUCUGCUGCAGCAGAGCACAAGUACAGAGAAGUAUAAAGCGCUUGUUGUUUCCUCCAGUUGAUAACGGCAAGGAUCUGUGCUGUGCUUAUCGUCUUUUCGACUCUGUUUCUUUCCAUAAGCAAGCACACUCACACACACACAAAGAGCAAGAUGGCAUCGUUUCCUGAAGGAACCGCUUCCAAAAACCUUGCUACAGAAGAGAUCUACACGAUCGAGGAUAGCGUCAGUGGCGACUUCCCAGACAAUGUGUCCAUCGGCGACAAGGAGAAGUUGACCGACGCUAUGGCCGACGCCGCAGCAGGCGUCGACGUUGGUUACAAGAGACAGAUCACAGGCCGUCAGGUGCUUAUGAUCACCUUUGGUGCCGGUAUCGGAACUGGUUUCUGGGUCGGUAUGGGUUCUGCGUUGAGAAACGGAGGUCCCUUUGGUAUUGUUUUCGCUUACACGAUUGAAGCUUAUAUUGUCUAUGUUAUGUUUAUCCAGACUGGUGAGAUGACCGCUUACCAGCCUAUCCACGGUGGAUUCAUCAACCAAGAUUUGCUCUAUUUGGAUGAAGCCAUCAGUUUUGCACAGGGUAUCAACUUCGCUUUCAACUGGAUGAUUGUUUUGGCCGCCGAGUUGACUGCAGGUAUUAAUAUCAUCAGAUUCUGGGACAAGGAGCACGUCGUCUCCACGGCAGAAUGGAUUGUUGUCUUUGGUGUGAUCUACGCUAUCUUCAACGUCUGGCCCGUCAAGGCCUACGGUUACAUCGAGUACGUGCAGUCGUUCAUCAAGAUCGUCUCCAUGGCUGGUGUCACGCUUUUCAUGUUGGUUGCUACCUGCGGUGGAUUACCAAAGGGUGGUCCAAUCGGUUACAAGUACUGGACACACCCAGGUUGGGACAGAAACGGUAUUAAGGGUAUCUGUAUGGCUCUUGCACAAGCAGGUUUCUCCUUUGGUGGUGGUGAACAUAUUGCCAUCGUUGCUGGUGAGGUCAAACAACCUCGUAAGUUCAUUCCAAGAUGUGUCAACCCUAUUUUCUGGAGACUCGGUGUCUUCUUCAUUGGUAACUCCUGGUUGAUUACCAUGAAUGUCCCAUACGACGACCCUCUUUUAAACAACGCCAGCGGCUCCUUGACCUCUCCUUACAUCAUUACCAUGCUUAACGGUGGUGUCAAGGUUUUGCCACACAUCUUGAAUGCUCUUAUUUUGCUUUCCGUCAUUUCCUGUGGUAACUCCUCGGUCUAUAUUGGUUCCCGUUCCUUGGUUGCCUGUUCUGACUUGAACUUGAUCCAUCCUUUCUUCGGUAAGAAGGAUAAGCAAGGUCGUCCAUGGCCUGCCCUUGUCUGUGUCUUCAUUGUUGGUCUUGGUUUGGCAUUCUUGAACUGUUCCAGUACUGGUCAAGUUGUUUACGACUGGUUCAACUCCUUGUGCGCCUUGAACGGUUACUUCACAUGGCUUGCAAUUUACUUCGCUCAUUACAGAUUCCGUGCUGGUUUGAAGGCACAAGGUAUUGACUUCAAGAAGUUCAAGCUUUACGACAGAUUCUUCCCAUGGACUACUUACUCUGCAACUUUCAUCAUCUUCUGUUUGUUUGUUGCUCAGUUCUACAUUGGUCUUUUCCCUCUACACGAUAAAGGUAUGGAUGCCAAGGAUAGAGCUAAGAACUUCUUCUUGACCUACUUAUGUGUUCCUCUAUUCGGCCUUUGCUGGUUAUAUUAUAAGCUUAGAUGGAAGACUGUGCUUAAAAAGCCAGAGGACAUGAACUUCUCCUACGGUAAGAAGUGGGAUGAGAUUGAGGAGCUUGAAGCAAGACAGAAGGCUGCUAAAGGAGGAAGUGAUAAGAAGGACCGUAUCGAUGCGCUUGUCGAAAAGUACCUAGCUUGAAGGACGCAGUGCUCGUUAUUUUUUACUAUUUUUACUAUUUUCAUUAACAACUAUUUAGGCUCUUAUAUAGUUUAAAUUGUUUUGGCUUUUACAUCUUGACCGAAAAUGGUUUCUAACAAAAUUUGCGCUCGACUUCUAUGACUUCAACGAACUCUAGC